UAAACACGACGUUCUUUCCCAUCCCUUCGGAUUCAGAUAAUCGGAUCCUCUCUCUCUCUCUCUCUCUCUCUCUACAUUAUCAUAUGAAAAGUGAAAACGGUCCAUUUUGCCGCAUGUUGCCGCUAAACCCUAGCAGUGCCAUCUUCUGUUGCUCAAAACCCUCAUUCCUCUCGUUCCAUUCCCCUCCUCUCACCGUUCGCUGCCACGCCUCCGACCUCCCGUCUCGCCCAUCGUUUCCUCGCUGGUUUCAGCUUCCUGCGCCCGCCGACGUCUCCAGCGGCCUCCGGGUCGGCCCGGACGCGGACUCCUCCGCCGUCGACAGCUCCUCCAGGCGGAGCAGUGCAAACGGCAAUGUGAAGGUGAAUGCGAAGGAAAAGCGAUGGUCCCGCGACCGAGAGAGCUAUUUGGCCGACGACAGUGAUGCUCUUCCACUUCCUAUGACGUUUCCUGAUUCAUCUCCGGUAUCGCAGGACGAGAUCGAUCGUCGACUCCGUUGCGACCCGCAAGUUGAGGAUUGUAACGAAAUGGUUUAUGAAUGGACUGGAAAGUGUCAGAGUUGCCAAGGAUCAGGAUUUUUCAGUUAUUACAAUAAGAAGGGGAAGAAAAGUGUCUGCAAAUGCAUACCAUGUCUUGGAAUUGGAUAUGUGCAGAAGAUAACAACCCGUACAGAUGUUGAAGUGAUGGAGGAUUUAGAUAAUGGGAAACCGCCUUGACCCAAAAAAACAUUGACAUUCUUUCCUAAACUGGAAUAUAAUUAUAAUAAUUUAGAUGAGCCCGAUCUCCUUUUUGUAUUCUCUUUAUGUAUCAUUUGGCCUCAAUUUUAAUAAAAUUUAGCUCCAAAUAAUAUAUUGAUAUUGUAAUGUACUGAUGGAUGUGGAAGAGAGCAACCUACCUAAAAGCUGAUGUUGAGGGAUUCCUUCUAAUGUAUCCAUGGAAUUUAUUCUUAUCAUCAUGCAUCCCAUCUUUCCUUCAAACACCUCUCGUUUUUUAUUCUUAUUUGUAACUUUGGAAUACUUUGUUCCAUAUGUGGCGAGGAAAAGUACUUCGCCUCCAUGUCCCUUAUUCCUUAUUCCCCUUGCUUCAGAAUCAAAAUAUCUCACCUCUUUUGUUUCCGACUCGCCCAAAUAGAGGAUAUAAAGGCGGAAGAUAUCUGAGUCUGCCAUUCUAAGAUAGAAGCCCAGGUGCACUGGUAAUUUUCAUUCUGACCCAGUUUUUUUUUUUGUUUUUGUUGUGAUCAUCUAACAGAAAAAUGCGGCACAUGAGUUUUCUUGAUUUCCAGUACAAUAUUUCAAGAAGGAGCUUCUCAAGAAAACCAUCUCGACUGUUUUCCUUACGUGAUAGACAAAAUUCUGGUUUGACACCACCUGUUGUCCAGCCAAAUUUGGAGGAGCUAAGGAAAGUUUUUGAUAAAUUUGAUGCAAACAGAGAUGGGAAGAUAUCCCGAAAGGAGUACCAGGACAUACUGAAAGCACUGGGAAAGCCUAGCACUGCAAGAGAGGUGGGGAAGAUCUUUGAGGUUGCAGAUCUCAACGGAGAUGGUUUCGUUGACUUCAAAGAGUUUGUGGAAGUACACAGAAAGGGAGGCGGGGUGCAGGUGGUGGACAUACAGACUGCUUUUCAAACGUUUGAUCUUAACAACGACGGGAGAAUAAGUGCAGAGGAAGUGCUGGAGGUGUUGAGGAAGCUUGGAGAGAGUUGCAGCCUGGAGGAUUGCCGGAGGAUGGUGAGAGCAGUGGAUACAGAUGGGAACGGAAUGAUUGAGAUGGAUGAGUUUACUAACAUGAUGACCCGCCCUGUGGAGCUCCAUUAAUGGCUUUUCCUUAAAGAGUAUAAUUUCGUCUAUUUAACCCGCAGAUGUUCUAGUUUCAAGCUCCUUUCUUAUAUAGUUUUAUCUAUAUAUACACACGUCUCUUUUGAGCAUGUGUACCUGUAGUCUAUAGGCUCCAUGCUAUUGUAUGGAUAAUUAUCGAGGCUCAGUUGUGUGUGGGAUUAUAGGUUUAAGUCUUGAAUUUGAAUGAGCAGGUAUGUAUUCGUGAGCAUGACUGUUAAAAAUUACAUUAAAAAUGAGCAAUUCAUUCUUGGAAAUA